AUGAUUACCUCAGCUGGUAAUUAUAUAUUUAUAUCAUUUGCAUCAUUGAAACCAACCUGUGAAGAUAAGACAAUCCAUGAAAUGAAAAUACAAAAUCCAUGUAAUUUAUUAAAACAUUGUCCCAUCAAUCAAACAAAAUACUAUUUUUUGUCACUUUAUCAGGAGGAUAAUUUUAUAUGUCCGGAUAAUUUUAAUGCACCAUAUCAAUUACAAACACUACAAGCUAUUGGUUCAGGUACAGGUGCUAUAGUGGGAGGAUUAUUAGCUGAUAAGUACGGUAGAAAAUGGAUAACAUAUAUUGGAUCUGUUGUAAUGCAUUAG